CUCAUUAGAUUGCGUCGUAAUGUCCUGCUCACAAGUGAAGAUGCAGCUGCGCCUCUGUGAGGAAGCCUGUGAUGUGCGCCAGCGGAGCGGCUGAAUCACGGCAUCCCGGUGAACUUCUGAGGAGACAGUAGAACCAAGAAACAAGUCCUGAGACGCACAGAAGCCGAAGAAACAGCGCGUUUUUACUGCAUAUCUGGCUUCUGGGCUGGAGAGCUUGAGGUGAACUUUGCGUUUUCUCUUGUUCGAUUGACCGGGAACGCUGUCAUCAGUCAGGCUAUCCUGCGCGGGGAUACACCAGGACCCUUUCGUUAGUAAAUCACUGUAAAUAUUCACUUUAUUACACUACAUCUACAUCAUCCUGUGUUGGCUAUUCAGAUGAGACUGUCAGUUAUACGCGCGUCUCCAAACGAGGACGCACGGAGAGCGCACAAGUGUCGAGAUUAUUUACUUUAAUCUGCUCUCAGCGUCGCCUCGCUGUUGACGACCCUAAAUUAGAUUAUUAUACAUGGAAUCUUCCCAUCUCCAAGACAGUAAUUAAUCAAAUGAGGAAAAAAGGAUCGAACUUGGUGCUCUAAAGAAGUUGUGGCUGUUCCGGCUUUAUUGUAACUCUGCCAAGGUUGAUGCGCAGCAGACAGUGUCACAAAAAAUACUUUUGUUUUUUGUGUAAGAAAGUGGCAUGUCUUUUUAAUUGAAAAGCACUGAUCCGUGUCUUGACGCAUUGCCCAGGACUGUUUUUUGUGCUUAAAAUGGACUUGAAAGAUCUGCCGUGGAGAAUGCAAGGGAGCUAACAUUUGGAAACAACACAGAGACAAAAAGAGAGCAACUGAGACUACUGGAAAGCUAAUCCCAGCAUGGCCUCAGUUCUGGACAGCGGCUGCUCCAUGGAGCUGAACAGCUGGAACAGCAGUGUGAGCAGCUCUGGAGCCUCCAUCCCCUGCAACCAGAGCAUCCUGCAGCUCGCCCCUUACUCCCCUGAAGCCACAGCAGCCUUCGCCACUGCCAUAACCUUGAUGGUUGUCUUCACCAUCGUGGGGAACAUCAUGGUCAUCAUCGCUGUCCUGACCAGCCGGUCCCUCCGAGGUCCACAGAAUCUGUUCUUAGUAUCACUGGCUGCUGCAGACAUUUUAGUGGCCACACUCAUCAUCCCCUUCUCUCUGGCCAAUGAGCUGCUUGGCUACUGGUACUUCAAGGCUACUUGGUGUGAGAUCUACUUGGCACUGGAUGUGCUGUUCUGCACCUCCUCCAUUGUGCACCUAUGCGCCAUCUCUCUUGACCGCUACCUGUCAAUUUCCAGGGUUACUUACGGGCGUCAGCGGACUCCCAAACGCAUCAAAGCCGCUAUUGUGGUGGUGUGGCUCAUCUCUGCGGUCAUCUCCUUCCCUCCCCUGCUCUCACUGAACAAAAGCGAGGCAGGGGACCUGGGGACUGAGAGAGGACCUCAAUGCCAGCUAAAUGAUGAGCGCUGGUACAUCCUUUACUCCACCAUCGGCUCCUUCUUUGCUCCGUGUCUCAUCAUGAUCCUAGUCUACAUAAGAAUUUACCAAAUUGCCAAACAGAGAACACGUUGCCCACCAGGAGAGCCCAGGAAAGAUGGGGUCGGCUGUGCAACACCGAGUCAGCCUUCUAGACAUGCACAAGCCAACGGGAAGGAUGAUGAAGAAAGCACACCACCUUCAUCGAACAAAACCUCCAGUGCCAGACCCCCCACCCUUGCCAUCACCCCUUCUCCUUCCCUAGGAGAGUCUCAAACCUCCCAGAAUCCCACCUCCAAUAAUCUCCUGCAACCUCCAUGCCCUUCUCCAGCUAUUACCCCUGUCACUACCUCCCUUGAUAACUCUCCCCACGGCCCCUCAACCACCUCCUCUGUGCCUCAGUCUUCCCCUGCCAAGACUAAAAAGAAGGGGAAGAAAGGCAAGUUUCAGGGAGGGAAAAAAGCUGACAAUAACAAUGGCGACAGCUCAAGCACAGAGAGCGACAUGGAGCACAGCCAUGGAGGAGGCCGAGGCAGCACCAGCAUGCCAGGGUCACCUGCAGGAGGGGGGAUCCACUCCCCGGCCUCAGUCAAGCGCUAUCGGGACAUGAUCGCCACUUCAAAGGGCGCUCGGCUGGUGCCAGGGAGAAAGUCUAAAACAGAGAGCAACCCUGGAGCAGCAAGGCGCAAAGCAAUGGUAAACCGAGAGAAACGUUUCACCUUUGUUCUGGCAGUGGUCAUCGGCGUCUUUGUGGUGUGCUGGUUCCCGUUCUUCUUCUCCUACUCUCUACAGGCAGUGUGCCCGGAGACAUGUGCCAUCCCAGAUCCACUCUUUACAUUUUUCUUCUGGAUCGGUUACUGUAACUCCUCACUCAACCCAGUCAUAUACACCAUCUUCAACAAAGACUUCAGAAAGGCCUUCAAAAAGAUUCUGUGCAGAAGCACCAAGGGCACUUUCUUUUAAUCCAGUGCAUGGGACAUGGACACAAAAAAAUGCCAUUUCUGAGGGCACAGAGAAAAAAUAAUUUUUUAGAACACUCAAAGGGCUGUUUUAAAAAAAUAUGUUGAACUGUGGAAAUUCCAGCAUAAAAUUCAGAACUGAAAGCCACUGUUUUACAGCCACAGUGUGUGCAAACAGGAAUCAUGGACUGUGAAAUCCUACUUUGCAGCUGAUA